AUGGAAGGAACUGAAGGAGAGAGGAAAGAAGUAAAAUAUCGAGGCAUUCGAAGGAGGCCAUGGGGAAAAUAUGCAGCUGAAAUACGCGAUCCGAACAGAAAUGGCGCACGUUUGUGGUUAGGUACGUUCGAGACAGCGGAAGAGGCUGCAAGGGCAUAUGAUAGAGCUGCAUAUGCUUUGAGGGGUCAUCAAGCAAUUCUUAACUUUCCAAAUGACGGACUAUAUAGAAAUGCAGGCCAGCCUCCAUCUAUUAGUUAUUCAUCUUCGUCUUCGUCUUCGUCUUCGUCAGUUCCUGCUAGGGAUAAAGGGCAGGACGAACAGGUAAUCGAGUUGGAGUGUUUGGAUAAUAAGCUGUUGGAGGAUCUUCUUGAGAGGCACAAGUGA